UGCACGCGAAGCAAGAUUGUAAGACAAAUGUGAAUGAACGCGAAGUGUACGCAAAUAAAAUAUAUAUAUAUGCAUACGUACUUAUGAACAACGGAAAAAAUUAACUCAAAAACUGUAAAUUAAAUUGCUUCUUAGUACUUGCAAAACUAAACAAAAUGAAUUCGGGAAUACUUAGAGGCUUGCUUGCAUUGGCAGCACUGUUAUCCAACACUAUCUCAACCAAUGGCGCCAGGAUACUUGCAGUCUAUUCUUUUCCCGGCAAAAGCCAUUUCAUGAUGCAAAAGGCAUUGAUUAAGGAAUUAGUUGAACACGGAAAUCAGGUGACAAUGAUUACAGCAUUUAGUAUGGCGCCCAUGAAACUCGGCAGCAACUAUACAGAAAUAUUAAUUGAACCGGUUUACGAUUUCUGGAAGGAUGUCAAAGAAGAUGCUGGUGCCAAGAGUAUAUUCGACAUGACAACCAUGGAUUUAUUUGGCUUCUUACAAAUGUUGCAAGUGCUGGGCACAACCACCACAGAGCAUGCGCUCAAACAACCCAAAGUGCAGGCGAUCGUCAACGCCAAGCAAACUGAAGAUAUCUACGAUUUGCUGCUGGUCGAACAAUUCUAUCAGGAAGCAUUUCUUGCACUUAGCUAUAUCUAUAAAAUUCCAGUGGUGAGCAGCAGCACACUGGGCUAUGAGAAUCAUAUGAGUCAAAUGUUUGGCAUAAUGUCGCCAUGGUCAUAUGUGCCACAUGGCUUUCUGCCCUUCACCGAUCGCAUGAGUUUUUGGGAGCGUUUGCAAAACACUUUCUACUCACUUUGCGAAGAUUUACAUCGCGAAUACAAAUAUUUUCCGUUGAUGGAUGAAUUGGUGGCGAAGUAUUUCGGACAUUUGCCGAUUGAUUUUCCAAAGGUUAGUGUGAUGGAAAAGCAUUUAUCGGCAGUGUUGCUAAACAGUUACGUCCCAUUGACCAGCACGCGACCCACGACCAACGCUAUGAUACCAGUAGGGGGCAUGCAUAUUUAUCCAGCCAAAGCGCUGCCGGCUGAUAUGCAGAAAUUUCUGGAUGAGGCUAAGCAUGGCGCCAUUUACUUUAGCUUGGGCAGCAAUGUGGAAAGCAAAGAUAUGCCAGCAGCAUACCUAAACAUCUUUCUCGACGUAUUUCGUGACAUGAAACAACGCGUUUUGUGGAAAUACGAAAAUGAUAGCAUUCAAAAUUUACCCCCAAAUGUUAUGGUGAAAAAGUGGAUGCCACAAAGUGACAUUUUGGCGCACCCUAAUGUGCGCGUAUUCAUCACACAUGGCGGGUUGUUGGGCACACAGGAGGGCGUACAUUAUGCCGUGGCAAUGCUAGGCAUGCCUUUCUACUGUGACCAGCAUUUAAAUUUAAAGAAAGCUGCUCUGUCGGGCUAUGCCAUUAGCUUACAUUUCCAAUCCAUCACUUACGAUGUGCUGAAAAAUGCGCUCACCGAGUUGUUGGAAAAUCCCAGCUAUCGCGACAACAUAAAGCGUAUCUCACGCAUUUUCCACGAUCGUCCGCUUAGUGCGCGUGACACUGCCGUCUAUUGGGUUGAGUAUGUCGCGCGGCAUAAAGGCGCCGAGCAUAUGCGCGCUGCGGGUCUCGAUUUGAAGUGGUACGAGUUCUAUCUGCUGGAUGUAAUUACUUUUGUGAUUGGAGUAGUGGUUGUGGUACUGGCUUUGUUUGUUGGCUUGCUGCGUUUCGCUUUGCGCCGACUUGGAAGUAGUAAUAAGCAGAAAAAGAAGUUGCAAUAAUCCACUUUACGUAAGCAGAAUGUUUGCAAUUAAAUUUUUUUGUAACGCAGUUUAUUGUUUUUUUUUUAAUUCUUUUUAACUCAAAUGAAAUUUCA